UCAGUGUGUGGCACUUAGACUAGCAGAGGAGGUCGCUAUGUGAGAGAUUCUUCAAUCUGUGACCACGGAUGCAGACUGGUUUACGCUGCUUUAUUGCAUUCAGAUGAUUUAAGCCGUUCGCGCAGGACUCAUUCUGAUUUGUUGCGCCGUGUCUAUGUGUGGAUCUCAGCCCGGCUGUGUUUGCAAAGAUGCAUCAGACAGUAUCUGCGCAGAGAUGCCCCCGCUGAACAUGAGCAAACAAGGGCGUCUGUUACAAUGAAGAAGACGGCGGCGGCUCCUUCCUGUGUUGUUGCGGAUCGUUGGUAUGGACAGCCUAAACGUCUCCAUCAUCAUCACCAUCCACCACCGCUCCUAUGAGGAACAUUGCGCAGUGCAGUGAACGCCGUGAAUCGGGCUUUUGGAAUAUAUAUUACCUAAUCAUCUGGAAAAUAAAUUCCCAACAUACACAUUACAGAGCGCGCCUUGGUGCAUUACUGUCAAUGUAAAGAGCUCUGCCCAGUGGUGGGAGCCACUCUCUCCAGGGGUUACAGAUGAGAGGCAAACAAUACCAUCAACCACUGAAGUUGACAGCGCCUUGGGAGAAGGAUGCUGGCUUUGGGAGAAAGCUCAAAACCUACAGGAAUCAUACAAAGAUAAUAGCACAGCCUGGGAUCGUGAUGAAAGUGCUGCGCAGGAAGAGGAUUGUGUUAUUCAUGGCCUAUUUCCUGCUGCUGGUGCUCACCAUGCUCAAUUUGGCCAAUUAUAAAUGGACCAAGGAGCCUCAGCAGUGCAACCAUCAGAUGAGGAGCACCACCUAUCAGAGCAGAUCAGACAUUCGCUUUCUCUACAGGCCCUCCCUGGCUAAGAAGAGACAGCUCAUCUACGUCUUGACCACCUGGAGGUCGGGGUCCUCCUUCUUUGGUGAGCUUUUCAACCAAAAUCCAGAAGUGUUCUUCUUGUAUGAACCUAUGUGGCACAUCUGGCAGAAGCUGUAUCCUGGUGAUGCGGUGUCUCUGCAGGGGGCGGCCAGAGACAUGUUGAGCUCCUUGUAUCGCUGCGAUCUGUCUGUUUUCCAACUUUACAACAGCCCCGGAGGCAAAAACUUCACCUCCUUAGGGCUGUUUGGUGCCACGCUGAACAAGGUUGUGUGCUCCUACCCCCUGUGCUCAGCCUACAGGAAGGAGGUGGUGGGGAUGGUGGAUGACAAGGUAUGCAAAAAGUGUCCCCCACAGAGCCUUAGACUGUUGGAGGAGGAGUGCCUAAAGUACAACACUAUAGUCAUUAAAGGGGUGCGCAUUUUGGAUAUAAAUGUUCUCGCCCCUCUGAUGGAGGACCCAUCCUUGGAUCUGAAAGUGAUCCAUUUGGUUAGAGAUCCUCGGGCAGUGGCAAACUCAAGGAUCAAAUCCAGACACGGCCUGAUUAGGGAGAACUUGCAGGUGGUCCGCAGCAGGGACCCUAAACUGCGCCGGAUACCUUUCGUAGAUCCCGGCCACAAGGUCAACAAGAAGGACGGCUCCGACUACCACUCCAUCGGAGCCAUGGAGGUGAUCUGCGACCGCACCUCCAGGACUCUGAGGACUGCCUUGAACCCUCCAGGUUGGCUGAAGGGGAAGUACAUGGCCGUGCGCUACGAGGACCUGGUGGAGAAUCCCGUCAAGACCCUGAGGAGUGUUUACCGCUUCGCCAACCUCACCACCAACCAUGACAUUGAGUCGUUUGCGCUGAACAUGACCAGCGGCUCCAGCUCCUCCUCCAAGCCCUUCAUCGUCUCCUCCCGGAACGCCACGCAGGCAGCCAGCGCUUGGAGGAUGGUGCUCAGCAUCCAGCAGAUCAAGCAGGUGGAAGACUACUGCCACCACUCCAUGUCCGUCCUGGGGUACGAGAGGGUGAGAACAGCCGGGGAGGCCAAGGAUUUGAGCAAAUCGCUGCUGACGCGCUCCAAACUGUGAAGAAAAAA